UGGUCCUUUGCUGCCACCUGGUGGUCAUUGGUUGCCACGACAACGCCGCACAGGCUGCACAUGAUAGGACACACCUGUGGAUCUGUGAUUUAUGUUGCUGCAGACCGAGCGCGCGUUGCACAGUGGCCUCAGAUUGAGCCUGUGCUUUGUUAACACCGACAGUACUUGUUUACCACGAUGAGGACAACAGGGGUGAAGGACAACAGUCCCGUUUGGAGACUUUUUGCAUUGGAGAACCAGAUUGGCAUGUGGCUAUUGGACCAAAAACUUAAGAAACACUUUCAACCGCGCGGCAGUCCACAUUGAUUGACGAGCCGACCCACCUGUGCGCGUUCACAGGCAACGUGCAACCUCAGUGGAGAUCAGCUUUCGUCUUCAUGUCCCCAGGGAUGAAAUGUCGCGGAUAAGUCAGACCACCGCAUCCAACGUGACGGAGGUUUACCCCGUGACCAACUUGACCCUAGUGGUCCUCCUGCUCAUACCCUGCGUGGUCAUUCUGCUCCUGCUGAACUGCCUGUUCCUGGGUUACAAGUUGUUGAUUCUGUCUGAGAGGAAGCACCGGCGGCAGCGAGGGGGCGCGGAGGAGAUGCUGCUGCAGUCCAGCCUGCACAGAGCCGGGAGAGCAUCAGACGGGGCCUUCCCGUUCCUGUCUCCAUCGGGGCCGGCGGUCGCGCAUCCCGUCACCUCCUCCAGGGCUUCCUCCAGGGAGAGGCCCGCAGCCGAUCACAGGACCCGGCACGUGAUGCCGGACGGCGCCACGGGCUCAGGGUCGACGAGGGCACCGAGCACCAUCCGGGCCACCUCCUCUGCGGCCGGUUUCACCCCCAGACUCGACCUGCCCUCCGGAUCGCGGACCCACGGCACCGGUAAAGCGGGGUGGCGUAAAAGCGCGCCGGUUUUGCCGCAGUCCAGUGCAUCGGGGUCUGACACCAGAGUGCACCUUGUUCCGCCGAACUCUCCCACGGAGACCGAACACGUGGCUCACAUUCGUCGGGGCAGUACUUUCCAGAUGCUGACAGAUGUGAAGCCUGGCGUUGCCAUGCUCGUGUUCGACAAAGUGGCCAUGGAGUGCGAGUACACCGACCAGCGGCCCGCAGAGGCCUCCUACCUGAACACAUCCGCAGUGGGGCCUGGACUGGACAGCGACUUUGGUGCAAGUGCAGGUGUCUCCCUGCGGAUUCUGUCGGACAGCGACGGUCUGUCCAACGGCGUCCUGGCCUCGGCGCUGGAGUGGGACUAUUAUGACCCUUGCUAUGUCAAGCAGAAUAAUGUUCCCAAACAUAAACGCCACAGACCCGCCGUGCACACCAAACAGUACUGGGUGUGAGAGGGUCCAGCGGCCAAGCGUGAUCUUUUAAUGUUAAUUUCUUUUUAAUUGUUAAGUUAUUUUUAUUUACAUAACUUGUGCUUUAGUCUUAAUUUAUUGUCACUAAUUUUACGUUUAAAUUGACACAUUUUGCUGAUUAUGCACUCCGCCACUGAAUUGAUUCUCAACUUGUGAAAUAUUUACUACAGGCACCUUCACUUGUGUUAUUGUGAAAUGUUCACUUCUUCACUCAUGUUUAUCUAAAUUAGUCACCAUUUUUUAUAUGGGCACGGCUACUCAGUUUGGAAUUCCAUGGACCACAUUUCAUUUAUUUACUCACUUUUAUUUAUCUAAUAAUUUAUGUGUAAUAAAGACUAAUUUAGAAAUUCAGAAACGGUUGAUCAUUCAAAAGAAAAAUGUUUAAAUGCUCCCGUGCAAACUAUAGAAAUGCAAAUUUGACUUUUAAACUUGUUGACGCUUGCCUUUAGUAUCAAACACUAAAUUUAAACGGUAUACAGGAUUAUGUUUAAUAUUCUGUGCCUUAAACGUUCCUCACCAGCAGAUGGCACUGUGCUUCGUUUGGAUUGUGCUCAACAGUUCGUUUAAUCCCAGACUGGUGCCAGCCUUUACGGUUGUCUUAUGCUACACUUAAGUGAUUACGUGACUUAAAGCAGAAUAGUUGUCGAAAAGACACCCUUUUUAAUCUGGUGUCUAUUACAAGGGGAACUUGGUUGAAAGAUUUUCUGACUUUGGUCACGGACAAUGACAAUGGGGUGGUAUUCUCUAUUUAUAUCAUUAAGUAGGCCUAUUCAGAUCUGUUUCCUUAAUGAAUUUGCAUGGUGUAAUGGAGUUUUUAAAGUCAUCCAUUAGAUGUAUAAUUUCUUUCAUUUAG